GCGUGGCGCGCAGGACCUGGCCGAGUGCGGGAGCGGAGCCGGGCGCAGGGACAACGCUGUGCGCGCCUGAGGUCUCCCAGCAGCUCGCCAUGGCUAGCCCGCAACAGCAGCCCCCCUACCUGCACCUGGCCGAGCUGACGGCAUCCCAGUUCCUGGAAAUCUGGAAGCACUUUGACGCAGACGGAAAUGGGUAUAUUGAAGGUAAAGAGCUAGAAAACUUUUUCCAGGAGCUGGAGAAAGCAAGAAAAGGCUCUGGCAUGAUGUCAAAGAGUGACAACUUUGGGGAGAAGAUGAAGGAGUUCAUGCAGAAGUAUGACAAGAACUCCGACGGCAAAAUCGAGAUGGCAGAGCUGGCACAGAUCCUGCCGACGGAAGAGAACUUUCUUUUGUGCUUUCGGCAGCACGUGGGCUCCAGCACCGAGUUUAUGGAGGCUUGGCGGAAGUAUGACACAGACAGAAGUGGCUACAUUGAAGCCAACGAGCUCAAGGGAUUUCUGUCUGACCUGCUGAAGAAGGCGAACCGGCCAUAUGAUGAACCCAAGCUGCAGGAAUACACCCAAACCAUACUACGGAUGUUUGACUUGAACGGGGAUGGCAAGCUGGGCCUCUCGGAGAUGUCCCGACUCUUGCCUGUACAGGAAAACUUCCUGCUUAAAUUUCAGGGCAUGAAGCUGACCUCAGAGGAGUUCAACGCGAUCUUCACAUUUUACGACAAGGACGGGAGCGGCUACAUCGACGAGAACGAGCUGGACGCCCUGCUGAAGGACCUGUAUGAGAAGAACAAGAAGGAAAUGAAUAUCCAGCAGCUCACCAACUACAGAAAGAGUGUCAUGUCCUUGGCUGAGGCGGGGAAGCUCUACCGCAAGGACCUGGAGAUCGUCCUCUGCAGCGAGCCCCCCAUGUAAAGCGGGGUCGGGGGCUGUUUCUCCGCCUCCCCCAAACCCUGCCCCCGCUGCCCUGCCACUUCUCCCCGGACCCCCGAGAUCGUGAGCACCCCUCCUCCGCCCCUGCCGCCUGCACCCACCAGCCUGCAGAACAGGCGAGAGGAGAGGAGAGGAGGGUGGGUUGCUGACGGGCCUCCAGGAGCCCUCUCCAGCCUCCCCGGACCUGACCCGACCGGCACGCUGCUCUGCCCACGGAAGUGCACCACCCUAGUGGGCGGUGGGCGGGGACAUGGGCGGAGCUUCCCUGCCCCUCUUCGCUGUGAUGCAUGAGCUCCUCUGCUGUAUGAUCCAGGCUUCUCUGUCCCACCGAGCAGACUCUUCCCUCCCACUCCCCUCUGCCCGGUGCCACCGACCCACCCAAACUCCCUAGUUCCACCCACCACCUCGCUAAUGGCAUAGCUGUCUUCUCAGAGUCCCUGUUCGUGGGUGCUGGCCCUUUGUCUUCUGGACUCAGCGUGCUCCUUUGCUCUGUGGGUUCCUUGUCUCCUUGUUUACCAAAGAAGAGUUUACAGACAAUAAAGUGGAAACGUUCUGCGUGGAAGCUCACCCA